CUGACUACACAGACUUAGUCUUCUCCACUCCGUGUUCCUGCAGCUAGAGACAUGACCUAACACCCUGAUGACCACUCUCAGGGACCUUGAGUGACUGGCCGGUGCACCAUGGAACUUAAAGUAUGGGUGGAUGGAGUUCAGAGGAUUGUUUGUGGAGUCACUGAAGUCACAACUUGCCAGGAGGUUGUCAUAGCCUUAGCUCAAGCAAUAGGUCGAACUGGAAGGUACACCCUUAUAGAGAAAUGGAGAGAUACUGAAAGACACUUAGCACCUCAUGAAAAUCCUAUCAUAUCCUUAAACAAAUGGGGGCAGUAUGCUAGUGAUGUGCAGCUCAUUCUACGACGAACUGGGCCGUCUCUCAGUGAGCGACCCACUUCAGACAGUGUGGCUCGAAUUCCUGAAAGAACUUUAUACAGGCAGAGUCUGCCCCCCUUAGCUAAACUGAGGCCUCAGAUUGACAAAUCAAUCAAAAGGAGGGAACCGAAAAGGAAAUCACUGACAUUUACAGGAGGUGCCAAAGGAUUAAUGGACAUUUUUGGAAAAGGUAAAGAAACUGAGUUUAAGCAAAAGGUGCUGAAUAACUGCAAAACAACAGCAGAUGAGUUGAAGAAGCUGAUCCGUCUGCAGACAGAGAAGCUUCAAUCCAUUGAGAAACAGCUGGAAUCUAAUGAAAUAGAAAUAAGAUUUUGGGAGCAAAAGUAUAAUUCCAACCUUGAAGAGGAAAUUGUCCGUCUAGAGCAAAAGAUCAAAAGAAACGAUGUAGAAAUUGAGGAGGAAGAAUUCUGGGAAAAUGAAUUACAGAUUGAACAGGAAAAUGAAAAACAGCUGAAGGAUCAACUUCAAGAAAUAAGACAGAAAAUAACAGAAUGUGAAAACAAAUUAAAGGACUAUUUGGCACAGAUCCGGACUAUGGAAAGUGGUCUUGAAGCAGAAAAAUUGCAACGGGAAGUUCAAGAGGCACAGGUCAAUGAGGAAGAGGUUAAAGGAAAGAUCGGUAAGGUCAAAGGGGAGAUUGACAUUCAAGGCCAGCAGAGUCUGAGGUUGGAAAAUGGCAUCAAAGCUGUGGAAAGAUCUCUUGGACAAGCCACCAAACGCCUACAGGACAAAGAACAGGAACUGGAGCAGUUGACUAAGGAGUUGCGGCAAGUCAAUCUCCAGCAGUUCAUCCAGCAGACUGGGACAAAAGUUACCGUUUUGCCAGCGGAGCCCAUUGAAAUAGAGGCCUCACAUGCAGACAUUGAAAGGGAGGCACCAUUCCAGUCUGGGUCCCUGAAGCGACCUGGUUCAUCUCGGCAGCUCCCCAGUAAUCUCCGCAUUCUGCAGAAUCCUAUCUCAUCUGGUUUUAAUCCUGAAGGCAUAUAUGUAUGACAUUAUCUGUCUUUAGGGAGGAGACCCAACAGAGGUACCAAGGACAGUAAACUUCCUUUUUGAUUUGUGCCAAUGAUGAACAGAGGAUCUGUUCCACAAGCCGCUAUAUGUUUUUUCUCUCCUAAAUUGCAUACCACUUGGAGCCAUACCCUGUGCACUGAUGCUAAAGAACAAAGAAACUGUGUUUUCACACAUCAA